AAAACAUUAUUAGUUGGUGAGGUCACAGGGUGAGAGAGUGAGAAAGAAGAGAGAUGGAGCUUUCUCAGCUUGGUUUCUUAGAAGAAUUGGUAGCUCCAAGAAGAGAGACAUGGAAUGCUUUGUCCAGUGGGUUCUUGGAGCUAUUGUCUAAUGGUUGGAGUUUUGACACUUUUCUUGAUAACCCAUCUUUCCCCUCCUCUAACACCCUCUUUGGUGCAUUUUCAGCACCAUUAGACCGCAGAUUUGAAUGCCCUUUCACCAAUGAACUACCACCAUACCCAUUUCCCGAUGCCUUCACAAUGCCAUUGCCAGACCUUCAACCUGGCAACGAUCAUCCCUCACCUCCACUUCCACCCACACUCGAGGAUGCAGAUAUUGCCUUUUAUCACAACAACAAUAACAACUUUCAAGAAAUCAAGACUGUCUGCAAAGUUGAAGAACAUGGUGUUGAGAAUCCACAACCCACAGAGAUUCCACUCUUCAACACAGCCAUGUCUGAUGAUGGAGAGAGAAAACACAAGUCCAAAAAGCUAGAGGGACAGCCCUCAAAGAAUCUCAUGGCAGAAAGGAGGAGAAGAAAGCGUCUCAAUGACCGUCUUUCCAUGCUUAGGUCAAUAGUCCCCAAGAUCAGCAAGAUGGACAGGACCUCUAUUCUUGGGGAUACUAUAGAAUACAUGAAAGAGCUUUUGGAAAGGAUUGGCAAGUUGCAAGAAGAGGAGGUGGAAGAGGGCUCAAGUCAGAUUAAUCUGUUGGGCAUUUCAAGGGACCAACUCAAACCAAAUGAAGCAAUUGUAAGAAACUCCCCCAAGUUUGAUGUUGAAAGGAGAGACCAGGACACUAGGAUCAGCAUUUGUUGUGCCACAAAGCCUGGAUUGCUACUAUCAACCGUCAAUACAUUAGAAGCAUUGGGCCUUGAGAUUCAGCAAUGUGUUGUAAGCAGCUUCAAUGACUUUUCAGUGGAAGCAUCUUGUUCUGAGGUAGGUGAACAGAGAAAUAGCAUUAGCCCUGAGGAGAUAAAACAAUCACUAUUCAGAAAUGCUGGGUUUGGUGGGAAAUGUCUGUAGGAGAAAGAUGGAAAAUUGAUAAAACAAUUUGCAGAUGGUGUUAAAGAAGCAACUUUCCUUCUUUAGUUUGUAAUAUAUGGAAUUAGUGAAGUAGAAGUUUUAGUGAGAUUCAGAAUAAGCUGGUUUUGAUUGACGAUUUUCUUCUUUAAGCCACACCCUGUGUUUUAA